AUGCUACCAAUCCUGGCCAUCCUCGAUGCGAGCAUUAUCCAGCCGAGCAGCACGGUGCUGUUGCUGGGUUUGUUGAUUAUCAUUGGCAUCUACAAGCUUCUUUACUUGGCCCAGCAAGCUGACAACGCUCUCUUUCGAGUGCACCCGGGGUCCCCCUCUCAGGGUUUCAAUAUCCUCGAAAAUGAAUUCUCGUUAUUCUCACAUUGGACGGCACACGAUACAAUUCCUGUCACCUGUUAUUCGCACAACGCCCAUGGACGUCGUAUCUCAUUGCAGUCCGCGAUCUCUUCAGGCUGCAUGAGCAUUGAAAUGACGCUUUUCCCUGCUGGAAAUGAUGUUUUGGUUGCACCAAACCCUGAUAUGCUGUCACAAGCAAUAAACCUCCGGGGAGUUUACAUUGGUCCUCUGCUAGAGAUAAUCCGAGAGCACAACACAAAGCUAGAAGGUCUACACUCUGGGGCAAACAAAAAUGAGGAUGACCUUCUUAGCGUGGAAAUUGACCCUACACAAACCCUCGUGCUGCUGAUGGACUUUGAUGCUGACCCAGAGCGUAUAUGGUCUCAACUUCUUUCACAUCUUAAGCCUCUUCGAGAAGCUGGCUAUUUAACUUAUUUUAAUGGGUCAGAGGUUGUGCAAGGUCCAAUCAAAAUUGUUGCUACUGGAAAUGUGCCGUUCUAUCGCGUCUUAGAACGAAGCCCCUUUAGGGGUAUAUUCUACGAUGCUCCACUCUUAGAACUCUCACCUCAGUCCUCGCACACUCCACCUCGAAACUCCGACUACAGCAAGCAAAAUAGCUACUAUGCUUCCGCCGAUUUCCACAGAGCGAUUGGAGAUAUUGAUUUCAAUGGAUUCUCAGAGAGCUCAGAGAGCCAACUCUUCAAUCUUCGUCAACAGGUGCAAAUAGUCCAUGAGCUCGGUCUUAAAAUACGAUAUUGGGGUACGCCAAAUUGGUCUCGUGAGUUGCGAAAUUAUGUCGCGUAUACUAGAUCGUGA